AUGCCGCCGCCUGUCAAUAACCCGCUAGCAGCGGCGUGUUACUACGAUCAGCCAGACAUAGUCAAAGCACUUCUCGCGUCCGGAGCGGAUCCGCUGGCGGGGGGCGACCGCGGACCGUGAUCUGGCCAUAUUCAGAUCCCUGUUUUGCGCCAUACGUCACCCGAAUGCCCGGAGCGUGACGUGUAUCGAGCUGCUGCUGGCGACCGACAAAUUCGAGCUGGUGGCACAGAGGGGCUCGACGUGCUCGCCGUCUCUCACUCCCCUCGUCGGCUUUUUGUCAGACAUGGCCGAUGAUCCACACUAUGAUACUCCGUUGGAGCCUACGCCGCCGCCGGGCUGGCCAGCGGAUAAGUGGGCCACCAAGUUGGCCAAUAAGGAAAAUUAUUGGUCUGCCAAAUUGGCAAUCGUCUGCCUGCUGUUGGACGCGGGGGCGUCGCUCGAGCCCCUCAAGGAGGCUGCGCGUGGUGAGAGACCAGGGAGGAUUCAUGACGUGUUCGAGCACGCGCGGGUGAUUGGAAAUGCAGGCAUCAUGCGCGUGCUCGAAGAGGCCGCGCGUCUACGUUACUCACCGAAGACGCAUGGCCGCUUUCCACGACCUGCGCGCUAUGCCGCCGCGGAGGUUCUCCGACUCGGCUAUCAGAUCGGAUCCCAGGCCCUGGUCCCAGUCUGGGCCGAACACGUUCUCCCGUUCCUCGUCUCACGGACAAGUCGUGGCUCGACGCCGACCCCGCCGCGCAGCGUGCUUUUUAUCGACGCGCUAUCCGACGAACAGGUCGAGGCGAUGCUCGAGGGUGCCUACGCCGAGCACGCGACGCGUGAGCUCCAGCGGCGGGCGGAUGGCGGGAAUACGGCGGAAUCCAACAUCAAGGACGCGCUACGGGAGUGGCCUCAUGAGCGAUCGCUACUGAAUUGCCUGGCCCUAUGUGGUGACGCCUGGGAGGCGGGGGCCGAUAUUCUCCGCGCCCGUGGGCCCUUGGAUGACGACCCACCGUCGGUCAGAAUUUUCCUA